ACGAACCACAAGAUGGCGACUGGCAUCAACGUGAUUAUGUAACCACAUAUUUCAGGAAUACCAUAUAUUACGGCUCAUGCGCUUUCACUUCUAUGCAUAGGACAUAUAACAAAAGCUAUGUCAACAGAAGGCAAAGAAGUAUUUGAUUUAUCAUUUGUGCUGCAAGAUAGCGAUAGUGAGAAUGAAUCUGAUGAUCACCCAGCAUUGGAAUUAGUUGAUGGUUUGGAGGAUGAAAAGUGGGAUGCAGAUGAAAUGGAUGAGGAAGAUGUCCUUUAUUCCUGGGUAUCAAGUGAAAAUGUAUCUGCUAGGGGACCUAUGCAUUCAAUGUUAGAUCUGAAGUUCACUGAUGUCCCAGGCAGCAGAGUAAUAACAGUGGCUUGGAAACCAGUAGAUUAUUUUCUGGCAUACUUCCCACCUAGUCUAUUCAAGAGGAUUGCAGAGGAGACAAACAGAUAUGUUUCUCAGUUUGUUGCUGCGAAUCCUAAAUUACCAAUGUUCUCCCGUUUUCAAAACUACACACCAACUAAUGCUGAAGAACUCAUGGUUUUUGUUGCUCUAGAGAUGUCAAUGGGGAUGUGUGUUAAGGCAGAUGUGUCAGAGUACUGGAUCACCUCAGGUUUGAAUGUCACUCCAGUGUACAAGAAAAUGAUGUCCAGAGACAGAUUUAUAUGCCUGAGGUCCAUAUUACAUUUCAAUGACAAUUCCAUGUGUCCCGAGCCAGGAAGUGCGGAUUAUGAUCCAAUGUAUAAGGUGCGUCCUAUCAAUGAUGUCAUGAAAGAGCUGUGCCUACAAAAUUAUGUACCACAUGAAAAUCUGUGUGUCAAUGAGAGCAUGAGAUACAGAUGGAGGACCUUCAAGAAUCAGCUAGUGCCUUCAGAGCCCCAGAAUUUUGAUAUGAAAAUUUGGUGUCUGUGUGACAGCACUAAUGGAAUGUGCCUGAAUUGGAAGAUUCACUGCGGAGAAAAACCUUCAUCCAAUGGACUUGGGAUGGAUGUUGUGACAGAGUUAUCUGCUCCUUAUUUCAACACUUGCAGAGUUAUCUACCAUGGCAAGUUCUUCACAUCACCAGCUCUUGCGUUAUAUCUGUCAAAGAAAGGACUUGGGAGUUGUGGCCCUGUCUGUUUAAAAAGAGAUGACAUUCCAAAGGCAUUGCAGAAAUCACCAGGGAAGGUUGAUAGUGAGUCUGUAUUGUUCUACAAAGAUCAACCCACUGGUUUAGUGAUGUCUUCUUCAAGGUCUUGGAGUGAUCGAAGGAGAGUCAACUAUUUGUCUACUGUCCAUGGGAACGAGGUUGUUCAUAAACGGGUGACUAGUAGGAAGAGUCCACAAGGUCACCAAGAUGUCCAGAAACCAAAGAUGGUAGCCGAUGUGAAUGAGUUCAUGACCGGAGUCAAUUCCAUGAAUAAGUUCACAACAAAGUAUAUCAACAAGACCAAAUGCAGAAAAAACUACCUUAUCAUCUAUGACUUUCUCAAAGAAGUUGCUAUGUUCAAUGCCUACAUCCUCCACAAGGAAUCAACAGAGAAGGCUUGCAGCUACAGAUCAUUCAGGGACGAUGUUGUGCUAGGGCUCAUUGAGAUUUACCACAACACAGGCCAACCCUCUCCUAGGGUCCAUAGCUAUGACUCAACAUUUGUGCCUGAAAGAAUGAGAGGGAGACACUUCAUUGAGCAAAUGCAAGAAUGGAAAACACCUCGAGAUUGUGUUGUAUGUUCCGACAGGAAGACUCGUCAACGGCACCAGACUUCAAAUGGUUGCCCCGACUGUGGAGUAGCUCUGUGUGUUGGUAAAUGUUUCAAGAGGUACCACACCUGCUUUGAGUUCAAGCUUCAUAGCUAGUGCUAUGACGGGGAAGGACAUUUGUUUGCAUGAGCAUCUCCACAAAGCAUUGACAGACAACAGUAGAACAGAAGUCUCAUCUCAUGCUUUUGCUCCUGAGAUAUUGUCUGAUCAUGUGAAAAUGAUGACUAUAUCUUUUAGGCCAACAUUGCAACAUAACAAUUGUGUUUUGUUCAUUCUCUGUAUUUGUUUGAUGUUAUAUUUAGCUAAAUACUAACAGUCAGACUGUGGGUGAAUUGUAGACACAUUGAAGAAGCUAAAACGUUCAGCGAAGAUAAUUUUGUUCAGGGAUUGACCAUUUGAUAAUCAGUGUUGGGUUGGGUGGGGAAUGUUCGGAAUUUAUAUUUUUAAAUAAUUUGUUCCAGAAAAUACUUGAAAACUUAUUUCAUCCUUUGGUUUUACAGGAAAGAAACAUUGUUCGCUGGACAGUGGAUGUCCUGAAAAUAAUUAAAAAAUUCCAUAUCCUCUUUUCCGAGACAAAAAGUGCAUAUUUUCAAAAAGUGAAAAUAUCCCCCAUCUACCAAACGCACCAUGCACUGCUCAAAACUUCAGCAUUUUCAGAUAGUCAAAAAAUACCUCAGUGUGUUGGUUCUCUCCCACUCUCUCUGAUCCUAGAAAGGGCAAGGUAUCAUGAUAAGGGCCUUUAGGAUCUGCAUAGGUUCAGAAAUGACCAACACCUGUAGAAAUUGUUAUGGAUGUGUGCAACAUGAAUGAGAACUUUGCUUUGUUCAUUUCAGGACAACUAUAAUUAGACUUGUGGCAAAACUAAAUGUAAAGGUGAAACUCUCAUUUUAUAGGUUUUCAGGAAGCAUUUUUCUAAGCGUUAGAACAUGAGCAAGUCUUUGACCCAAGGAUUAGAAGUUCCUUGAGAAAUAUAUAGAUAAAGACAGCACAAACACAUGGUGAAAGGGUCAUGUUGGGUCACACACUUGCUUAUUAAAGAUUCAAUUUUUUUCUUUCAAGUUUGAAAAUGUUCUCUUUUUCAUCAUUAAUAUGUACCUAAUAACUGAAAAAUUAUAAAUAUGAUGCUCAAAUAGACAAUGUGGAUUUUGAGACUGAACAAUAUUCCCGCUGUGUACACAACAAACAACUUGUCUUAACUGACGAGGGUGUGAUUCCGUCUAAGUGGGUAGAUAUUAGGGUGCAAAAAUUGAAGGCAGAAUUUAAAUUGAAAUUUGUAAAGUAUUUUUUUAAAAGUCUUGAAAAAUGCAUACAACACAAUAUUAAGGCAACAGGGUUCAUCUUAAGGCCAAUCAAAAUGCAGUACUGUACACCUUAAUCUUCCACUGAAGAGAGGAAAGGUUUUCAUGUUAUGUGUUAUAUCACACUAUAAGGAAUUAGAAUAUGCUUAUGAUGACAGUAAUGUUUGCCUUUGAGCAUAGAAUUACAGUAUUGGUAGAACGAAUGUAAUGUUUGUGUUUACAAACGUGUUUGUUUGAAUAUUUCUUGUUGUUUAUUAAUUUUUCUUCAAAGAUGAAUUUGCAAACAGCCUCCUAAACCAUGUUGAAUCUACCUCUGACCUUGGAGACUUUAUCAGACCUAAGUGACAAUUAAUUCUAGAUUAUAAAAUGAUCAUCAUUAAACCUCAAUUAUCUAAGAACUGUCUUUGAAAUAUUUAAAUCAUGAGUAAAAUGUUUAAAUUUAGCAACACUGCCAAUCUUUUGAAUUAUGUAUCACGUGACUGAUUAAGUGCAUUCUUUAAUGGGAAAGUAUGACCAUUGAGAUACUUGCUUCAUUUGAUUUUAUUGUAUGGUCAGGGAGAAAAUAGAUUGUUUCCCCUUCAGGAUUCAUUUCUCUCUUCAUUAAAGAUGGUACAGUUGAAUAAGGUAGGGAAUGUUACAUGUUCCUUGUUUAUAUUUCAAUUCUUAUUUCUGUGUUUCAGUCAGAAUAAACAGCUCUUUGAUGAACAA